AUGAUGAAAGAAGUUAAAGAAUUUUCCACGUUAGAUUGUAUAAUUAAACCUCUUGAUGUAGUCAGAAAUCUACUUGAUUUAAUCGAAACGUCUGAUAUCAACGAGUUUGAUAUACCUACUUAUUUUAAAAAUAUACCUUCGAUAAAUGAUACACCUAUUUAUGAUAUUCCAAAUCAUUCAUUGGUACGUUUUCGAGCUAUGAUUCAAAAUACGGGAUUAGGACAUGAAAUUUAUGCAAGCUCUUAUGAAACAAGAAGUCAAAAUGGUCAAAAGAAAUGGAAAUUUAAUAAAUAUACUGAUGAUAUGGAUAUGGAUAUUGAUGAUAAUGAAAUUUUAGAUACUGAUUUAAAUUCAGCAUCAUCAAUCUACAGCAAUAAUCAACUUGAAGAAAGACUUUUAUAUUAUUGUGUAUCAGUUCCAGGAGAAACAGAUUGGAUCAACGAAAGAAAUUCUCGAUUAUUGAAAAAACUUGUAUCGAAAUAUCCAUUUCCUAACGAGCAUCAUAUGGCAGCUAUCGUUAAGAUAUAUGGUAAAGAUGAUGAUAUUCUCAAAGUGGCGGAAGUUGUUGAAUUCAUAGGUGUUCUUAUACACCCGAGAAUUAAUGUUAAUGAAUCAAACAACAACGAUAGCAAUAAUAAUAAUUUGCAAGAAGAUGGAAAUGAAUUUUGUUUUGAUUCGAUGACAAUGUCAAAUAUCCCGUGUAUGCAUUCAAUAUUUUAUAGUAAUAAUAAUAUUCAUCAUUCUGGCAAUCCUUUAUUAUUAAACUAUUAUAAUAAUAAUUUAUAUGAAGUAAGUUGUCAAGCAAGCGAUACUCGAAGAAAUUUAUUACAAUAUAUUGCAUCAGUUUUUGGAGGUGAUGAAGUGGUUGCUGAAUUUGUAUUAUUACAACUUUUAUCUAGAGUUCGAAAGAAUGGUCUAACUUUAGGCAAAUUUACCUUGAAUAUCUGUAACAUACCUUCUACUGUCACCAUUACUUCUCCCCCUUCCAUUACUUCUUCUGCUUCCACAUUAGUUCAUACAAAUCAAUUUUCCAAAAAUGUUUCAAAAGUUCUCUCAUCAAUCUUACCAAAAUAUCAUGAUCUUCAAUUUACUCUUUCAACUUUGAAUGAAAUUGAUUAUUUUCCAAAUAGUAAUAAUGAUGAAUUGAAUUCCGGAGUAUUUCAAGUUAGUAAAGGAACUUGGUUUUUGAUUGAUGAGACUGUUAUGAAAGAAGGAAAACUUAAUGAUAAAGGUGUAAAGAAUUUACAAGCAUUAAAUAAUUUAAUUGAUAAUCAAAAACUCUUAUAUACAUUCCCUUUUUAUGAUUUUGAAUUUGAAACUGAUAUUGGAAUAAUUAUAUUAUCUGAGGCUAAACCUUUUUUACCGUAUAUUGAAAAUCAAUUUGUUAUUCAAAGAAGAAAUGCUUCUAGAAAUGGUCAAAUUUUAAUUAAUCAUUUUGAUUUGCAACUAAGAAUGACCUUGGCAAGAUUGGUAACUCUAAGUUUUGGAGAAUCAGAAUUAACUAAAGAAUUAUGGGAUUAUACACAGAGAUUAGAUGAAAUGAGAAAACGACGCAUGGCAAAUUUCAAACAAAGAUGA